AUAGGUAUAGGCGUUGACGACAUGUUUGUAUUACUCUCUUGAUUGGCUGAAACGUAUGACGAAAGUCAUGAAAUGGAAAUCGAAGAAAGAAUUAGGAAUGUGAUGAAAAGUAGCGGUGUUGGCAUAACCAUAACAACACUUCCAGAUAUAAUAGCUUUCUUUGUUGGAACGUCCUACUCGUUCUUUAGCGUUACAAACUUUAGCAUCUUUACAGGUGCAGCAGUUCUGCUCUGUUAUUUGAACUAUGUGACAUUAUUCAUGGCGUGUAUGACAUUACACGAGCAAAGAGUAGCAGAGGGAAAGCAUUGCUGUUCAAAUAAAAAGGUUAAAUUUGAAGAAGAAAUUAAUAAAGGGAAACCCAGUAUGUGUAGUGGAGCAAAACCCAUGAGCAGAGAAGACAUAGAAAGCCCAAUGGAAAAAUAUCCUCAGAGGUUUAUUGCUAAGAUUGUACUGAUGAAACCUGCUAAAGUUGUAAUAAUUUGCAUUUUUAUCAUUUAUUUGGGGAUUUCUAUAUGGGGAGCACUCAAGUUUCAACAAGGGCUUGAUCUUAGUCUGCUAGUUACUGAAAAGUCUUAUCUAUACAAGUACAACGAAGUAGACAGAACAUACUUCACAAAAAGUGUUCCGAUUUCUUUUGUUAUUCACCAGACUUUCAUUUUCUUUAAACAGUAUCAAACAAUAGUACCAGAAACAUUGCAAAAUCUCGGCAUGAAAGUUGUAGCCAUAUUUGUUGUAACGUCAAUAUUUUACCUCAUCAUAUUUUUUAUAACACUAACACUUGUUAAGAUACUUGUCGGAUUAUUUGGAUUUAUGUAUUUUUGGGAUCUCACCUUAAAUUUUCUGACAAUGAUUCACAUCAUAAUGAGUGUAGGGUUCUCUGUAGAUUUUAGUGCCUACAUAUGUCAUGGAUUUAUGGAUAAUAGAUCCUCUGAUCGACAAGAAGGAGCACGUGGUGCAAUAAAAAAGGCAGGCGUGCCAGUAUUCAAUGGGGCAGUAUCUUCGUUUGUUGGUAUAUCUAUGCUGGCUUUUUCAAAAUCAUAUAUUUUUCAAUCGUUUUCCAAAGUCAUGUUAUUAAUCAUUCUUUUUGGCGCAGCUCACUCCCUUUUUUUUCUUGUCGACAAUAUUGUCUUUAGUUGGUCCAAAGUUCGAAGAAAAAAAGAGAAAAAGAAAAGCAUCUAG